AUGUUGGGAUCGGUGGAGCAAGGGAUCGCCAAGAUGGCGGGACUAGAGCGGAGCUGGAGGAAACGAUGGGAGCGCGCCAAGGCUCCUCUCGCAGCCAUGCUGAGCCUACGAGCGGAGAUGCUGGCGGAGAUACGAGAGGAGAUGGAGCGAAGGGAAGAAGAUGUCCUGGUGGGUUGCUUCCACGAAGAAGAGAGAUGGGAUCAAGGUAUCGGAGAGAAGGAAAGAGGCAGGACUGACCCAGAUCUCGGGAUCGAAGGAGCAGAUCGGUCAUUUGAGGAGGAAGCCAGAGACAUGGUCGAUCAGCUGCUUGCUCAGAAGAAAGUCUACGAAGACACUGCUGAGCGCCUUGGAAUCGAUGCGCAACCUGAUGGUCAGUCAGCAACGGGAAAGGACAGCGACCUUGUAUGGAGACCGACGGAUGAGCGAUGCCGCAUGAUGCGCAAGAAGGAGAUGCAUCCCUUCGCUCCAUCUCCUCCAGCCGCAGGUCACACGGACGCAUAUGGCGGUACCGCUGGUGCUGAAGAUGAAGGGGUGGCGCCAAAUCAAGACAAGGAGGCCAUGACGCCACAACUGUCAUGCUCCUUGUGCCCUCCCCCUGGAUCGUCUCGAACGAGGGAGAGGAUACGACAGAAGCUCUUGGACCUCGAUGAAAGUUUGCGAUCAACCCGGCGAGAAAUCGACAUGGAGCAGGGCGAGCUGCUCGCUCCUUCCAACACGUCCCCCAGCUUCUUGAGAGGACGCGCGAAUUCACGAUCAAGCGCUGCAGGUAAGUCCGAGCACUCGAUGCUGGUGCGGAAUGAGGAGAGCGUUCGGAGUGUUUGUGCGGAUGAGGAGGGAGAAGAAGAUCUCUUGCUGGACAUGGAGAAGACUCUGUCGGAGUACUGCGAUGAGAUGUCUGGGUUGCGAGGACGCGUGCAGUCGCUGUUGGUAGAGAGGAGAAGCUUCCUAGGCCUCUCCGACGUUCUUCGUGACAAGAACAGACAGCUCGAGCUCGAGCGGCGGCGCUUGCAGUCGAUGCUCGAUGGCGAGCGGAGCAAGGUGCAAGCAGCAGCUGACAGGCAGUCGAGUGUCAGAGAAGCUGAGGAGGAGCUGGGGGAGUCGCGGAAGCUCAAGGUCUGCUGCUCGCGAGGCGAAUCGCUGGCGUCAUCGACCUUCUGCAAGGAGCGAACCCAAGCCGAAGGAUGCGCGACGUGA